CGGUAGCGAAAAUGGAGCCCGACAUGCCUUGUUGUUAAUAGACGUCCAAACUCUCCCAAACGCCCCCACGUUCCUGUGGAAUAACAGUAUGCUACAAAAGGGCUUUGAAGCUACUACCGCUGACGGCUCUUUUGGAGUACGCAGGCGUACUGGAAGACAGGGCCAGCGUGAAUAGCCGACGCCUCCGUAACCAUGGCUGCGAAGGGCGGGGACUGAGCGCGCCGGUCACGGGACCGGGGCGGGGCCGGGCCGGGCCGGGAAACUCAGUCCUCCACGGUCCCAGCCGGCCCCGCGCACGCUUUUCGUCUCCCCUCCCCCGCCCCGCGACACGCUGCGUGGCUGCUCGUUGGCUACUUAGGACGGAAGCUCUCUUGGUGCUGCUCCAGAAGUUUCCCCCUUGGGCGGCGGCGGUGUAGCUCGUAACCUCGGUGGUAGCCGUUCUAACAGAAACAGCGAUUCUUAGGGAUGGCCGCAGGACCUGCAACAGCCCAGAAGUUUUCCCGGAGCUUCUCAGAUGCUCUGAUCGAGGAGGACCCCCAGGCGGCGUUAGAGGAGCUGACUAAGACUUUGGAACAGAAACCAGAUGAUGCGCAAUAUUAUUGUCAAAGAGCUUAUUGUCACAUUCUUCUUGGGAAUUACUGUGAUGCUGUUGCUGAUGCAAAGAAAUCUCUUGAACUUAAUCCAAAUAAUUCCACUGCUGUGCUGAGAAAAGGGAUAUGUGAAUACCAUGAAAAAAACUAUGCUGCUGCUUUAGAAACUUUUAUAGGAGGACAGAAAUUAGAUAGUACAGAUCCUGAUUUCACUGUCUGGGUUAAAAGGUGUCAGGAGGCUCAGAAUGGAUCACAGUCUGAGGUGUCUGCAUCCCAGAGGACUCAUCAGUCAAAAAUCAAGUAUGACUGGUAUCAAACAGAAUCUCAAGUAAUCAUUACACUUAUGAUCAAGAAUGUUCAGAAGAAUAAUGUAAAUGUGGAAUUUUCAGAAAAAGAGUUGUCUGCUUUGGUGAUACUUCCUUCUGGAGAGGAUUACAAUUUGAAACUGAGACUUCUUCAUCCUAUAAUACCAGAACAGAGCACAUUUAAAGUACUUUCAACAAAGAUUGAAAUUAAAAUGAAAAAGACAGAGGCUGUGAGAUGGGAAAAGCUAGAGGGGCAAGGAGAUGUGCCUAAACCAAAACAGUUCAUAGCAGAUGUAAAGAACUUAUAUCCAUCAUCAUCUCAUUAUACGAGAAAUUGGGAUAAAUUGGUUGGUGAGAUCAAAGAAGAAGAAAAAAAUGAGAAGUUGGAGGGAGAUGCAGCUUUAAACAAACUAUUCCAGCAGAUCUAUUCAGAUGGUUCUGAUGAAGUGAAACGUGCUAUGAACAAAUCAUUUAUGGAGUCUGGUGGUACAGUUUUGAGUACCAACUGGUCUGAUGUAGGUAAAAGGAAAGUUGAAAUCAAUCCUCCUGAUGAUAUGGAAUGGAAAAAGUACUAAAUAAAUUAAUUUGCUAUCACUGUAUUGCAUAUAUUCA